AUGAUGAGAACGAGAAUAGACAGAUCCCCACACCUAAUAUGCGACGGUGAAUUUCCAUGGUUUAAGUGGGUGCCAAUGAAAGUUCUAUGUUUCGCUUGGCGAGCUAGGUUGGGUCGAAUCCCAACUUUGUUGGCCCUUAGCCGCAGGAAUGUUAAGGUAGACUCCCAAUGGUGUAGUGCAUGUAUCCCGAGGUUAGAAACUUCCGACCAUCUCCUAGUGGACUGCCCGUUUGCGGAUCAUGUAUGGAGGAAUCUGGAGAAGUGGUGCGGUAUUGGGAAGAUAAACGCCAACUCGGUUCGAGGAAUUAUUGAUGAGGGUGUCAGACUGAAGAUGGGUUCCAAUCGCAAGAAGAAGGCUCUGUUCUCGAUCCUCUAUGGUGCUCUAUGGGCUAUUUGGCGUGCCAGGAACGAUAGAAUCUUCAAUGGCGAUAUUUCUGAUCCGAUUAAGGUUGUCGAUUCGAUUAAGUCUAUGACAUUUCUGUGGGUAAAACAUAGAUAUGGCAGGUGUAGUAUUAAUUGGGGUUAUUGGAUUGGAUCCCCGUUAAACUGUUUGUAA